AUGGCCACCUCAACAACCCCCAAACUCAUCCACACCACCCCCGUCCAACCCACAACCACCACCACCAACACCUCCAAUUCAAACCCCCCCAUAACCCUCGACCUCCUCCUCACAACUCUCACUCGCACCAUCCUCCACCCCAUCCCAUCCUACAUUCUUCUCCUGUGCCUCCGCGCCCAAGCAACCCCCUACACCUCCGUCCCCUUCCUCAUCGCCUUCGCCUACGCCGCCCUCCUCACCCUCAUCUACAUUCUAAGCACACUCAACCAGCAACUAGCAUACGGAGCUCCACGCACAGUCGAUCUCUCCAAUGAAGUGGUGGUCGUGACGGGCGGAGCGAGCGGGUUGGGAUUACUUAUUGCGAGGAUAUAUGCGCUUCGCGGCGCCACGGUAGCGGUUUUGGAUAUUCGGGGGAUAGCGGGUGAGGAGGUGGAGGAGAUGGGGUUGGGAGGGAGUUAUGUUUGUGAUGUUUCGGAUAGGGGGGUUUUGGAGGGGGUUGUGGGGAGGGUGAGGCAGGAGUUGGGUACUCCUACCAUAUUGAUCCAUUGCGCAGCUGCAAGAAUCAACGGGCUGCCUCUGCAACAGCUCUCUCCCGAGGCAUUCCAGAAAACUAUCAACACCAAUUUACUCGCCGCCGUUCAUGCCUAUCAGGUAUUUUUGCCUUAUAUGCUGGCUGCUCCGGAUGGUGGCACCAUUGCCACAGUGAGUUCCGUGCUCGGGCAGCUAUGUGCGGCUGGGUUGGCGGAUUACUCGGCUAGUAAGGCUGGGUUGAGCGCGUUGCAUCGCUCGCUCGAGGCCGAACUUCGCCAAUCCGGGGACGAGGCAAAAGUGAAGAUGGUUCUGGUGGAGCCGGGCCAGAUCUCAACGCCGCUGUUUGAAUCCGUCCAGACACCAAACCGGUUCUUUGCGCCCGUUCUGGAGCCAGUCCAGGUGGCCCAGGCUAUUGUCUCGGCUGUCGACAGCGGCAGGGGUGGCGUGAUAAGGUUGCCCGCGUUUGCCAUGCUGGUGAACUGGUAUGCGGUGUUGCCGGCGAGCGUGCAGCGGUUGGCGCGGUACCUGAGCGGGAUUGACGGCGCAGUAGCACAAGCGUCGUCCAAAGCCGACAGGGCUGAUUCGUCCAGCCAGCAAUUGCAGACUGAGUUGGAUCACGUGAAAGAGGACUGA